GCCUCCUUAGGGACCCCCCCUCCCGCCCCCCGGCACGAUGAACGACCAGUACCACCGGGCAGCCCGAGACGGCUACCUGGACCUGCUCAAGGAGGCCACCAGGAAGGAGCUGAACGCCCCCGAUGAGGAUGGGAUGACCCCGACCCUCUGGGCGGCCUAUCAUGGCCACCUGGAGUCCCUGCGCCUCAUCAUCAGCAGGGGGGGCGACCCGGACAAGUGCGACAUCUGGGGAAACACGCCCCUGCACCUGGCCGGCUCCAACGGCCACCUGCACUGCCUGUCCUUCCUGGUGUCCUUCGGGGCCAACAUCUGGUGCCUGGACAAUGACUACCACACGCCACUGGACAUGGCGGCGAUGAAGGGCCACAUGGAGUGCGUGCGCUACCUGGACUCCAUCGCGGCCAAACAGAGCAGCCUCAACCCCAAGUUGGUGGGCAAGCUGAAGGAGCGGGCCUUCCGGGAGGCCGAGCGGCGCGUCAAGGACUGCGCCAAGCUACAGCGCAAGCACCAGGAGCGCUUGGAACGGCGCUACCGGCGGGAGCUGGCUGAUGCCGACUCCCUCAGCUUCUCCAGCCUGGCCUCCAGCACGCUGAGUGGCCGCCUGCAGCGCCUGGCUCUGGCCGCCGCCACUGCCCCGCAGCCACCCUACUCGCAGGCCACCCUGCAUGGGCCGCCCCGGGCCAAGGCCCUGGGUCCGCGGCGGCUGGCACGCCGGCGCCCGGCCCCCGAGGGCACCUUCAAGGUGUCGGAGGGUGGGCGCAGGAGCGUGCGCUCGCUGUCGGGGCUGCAGCUGGGCAGCGACGUCAUGUUCAUGCGACCAGGCUCCCUGGGCGGCCCGCCGGACUGGGGCCGGGCCCCGCUCGGAGACGCCUCCCUCUCAGAGGACGACGACGGUGGCGACUGGCGGGCCGGGCCAGAGCCAGGCCAGUCGGCCGAGCCGGCGCACUCGGAGGUCAGCACUGACUCGGGCCACGACUCGCUCUUCACCCGGCCGGGCCUGGGCACUAUGGUCUUCCGGCGGAACUACGCGAGCAGUGGCCCGUUCGGGCCGGUCCGGGCCGGCGGCGGGGGCAGCCUGGACGGGGCCGGCCCAGGCACACUAAGGGCCAGGUUGCGGUGGGGGCCCAGCGCCCGCAGCCCCGACCACCACCACGACGACGAAGAUGCCGCCGCCGCCAGCAUCGGCAGUGCCGACAGCCUGCGGGAGCGCGGCCUGGACGAGCUGCCCUGGGAUGAGCUGGACCUGGGCCUGGACGAGGACCUGGAGCCUGAGACCAGCCCGCUCGAGACCUUCCUGGCCUCCCUGCACAUGGGUGAGUUCGUGCCCGCGCUGCGCCGCGAGAAGAUCGACCUGGAGGCCCUCAUGCUCUGCUCGGACCUUGACCUCCGCAGCGUCAGCGUCCCCCUGGGCCCGCGCAAGAAGAUCGUGGAUGCCAUCAAGCGCCGGCUCCUGGCUCUCGAGCGGCCCCGUGCCCUGGAGGACACGGAGCUGUGAGCGUGGACCCUCCCGCCUC